GAAUGUUUUCAGUUGGCUAGCUGACAUUAGCCAAAUACAUUCUCUGCUUUUUUCCACAUGCAGUAGCUUCUUUCAUUCACACACAUUCGGUGUGUAUGUACCUGACGCUCGAAGGGUUGCGGCACACUAUUCCAUGGCAGUUACGCGCAAUUUUUUUGUUUAUCGAACACAAAUUUCCUACCAACAAUAUUUUUAUUGCGCAAAAUGCGAAAUUUUUUCCAAAACUCCGCCCGCACCUGCCGUCGUCACCCUCGUUCAAUGGAAUAUACACACACACUGCAGACAAUUCACAUGAAAAGCAACUGAUAUAUUUCAAACAGAAAAAACCGUUUCACACGACACAGUUUAUUGCAAAAUUAAAACUGAGUUAUUGGCCAAUUUAAGGCCAUUUUAUUGUUUUGGAUUAAUCCGCAUCAAUAUUCAUUCGACACAAAACGAAAUCAAUUGAUACAAUCGCACCAAAACAGAGGGUGCCAAUCGAAAAUUCGGUGCCAAUACGGUAUUGCGUCGAGACAGACAAUCGAACGAAAAGCACGCAAAGUGCCCAAACGAAUGAAAAACUCAGCAGGGAAAAUGUAAAUUCUAUGUAAACCAAAGCUAAGGUCGAAUUUUAAGAAACACACAUACACAUAACCGUCAUCUUGUGGACAAAGUGUAAACAGAUUAUAUGCGAUGGAUGUUUUUCAAGAAAUUUGAACUGACCCAAUCAAUUAAAAUUUCAUGUUUCUGAAUCAGUGUGCGGCGGCCGACAAAACGCAGAUAUACGGUGUCGAUCUCUCGGUCAACGUGCCUGGGGCCAUGAUAAAAUGGCAAACAACGUGACAACAAUACUGAAAACACAUUAACAUCUUUUUUCCGUUCGAUCAGAUAUCAUUGUGACCUGAUGAUUUCUAUUCGCCAUACGGAGAAAAAGAAAAGUCGUAGCGUAUCGUAAAGAAGAAAACUCACUUUUGCAGCUUCACAUCUACUCACUGUUGGUUCUUUUCGAUUGGUACAACAGCAACAAGAAUAAAAAUAGAAAUAAAGUGAAAUUAGGUCAAGCGUGUGGAAGAGCAAGAGAAAAAGGGGACCAAUUUUACUGGUGAUUUAUAGACAAUUUUGUUAUUUUCAACAAAUUAAAUUUGUUUGAAAGAAGACCUAAGAACACAAUCAUUCGUAUUUCAUCCCUCGAGCAACAAAGAAUGUUAUGAAAAGAAGGAGGAAAAAAAAUGUUCAACGCACACAGAGAAAAAAAAGCCCAGCUAAACAAAAGCUGAUAUCAAAUUAAGUGAAUAACAACAAUGAACAAAAUGAAAUAAUAAUAAUUUGAACAGAUAGAGAAGAAUGAAAAACGCGUCGAAUUUAUAAAAAAAAAGAAAACACACAAUAAUUUAUAUAAUCGAGUGAAACACAAAUGUUUGUGUGAGUGAAUAGAAAAACAGAAAACAACAACGGAACAGAAAAAGUAUCGUCAUGAUAGAAGAAAAAUGUGAAAAGUUCGUGGAAAAACUUUUACAAUAAAUGGGACGUUAAUCGAAUACAAGCGAGCGGACAGCGACAAAAGAGAGAGAGAGUGAUAAAGAGAAAAUUAAAUCAACAACCAUCCUCUCUAUCUGUAGCACAAGAGUGAACACAAACCGACCGUAAAUCCAAAUAUCACGUACUAAGUCAUUCGGAUAUUUAAGAUAAACAUGUCCAACAUCAUAAAAAUCCGAUCCAGUGGCUGAGACAUUCGAAUAAAACACACGAAAAACUGCCAAGUCACAGAACAAGUAACAAGGAAGCCAUUUAUAUUCCCAUUUUAUACACUAUUUGAUUUCAUCUAAUUUCCAUUGAUUUGCCAAAGAAACGGCAGAAAAAUACAAAUAAACGGAGAGUGUGUUAGCGAGAGAGAAAGAAAAAAGAUCAUGCUGCAAACUGGGUGCUAAUAGCAAUAAGGAACGGAAGUUUUCACACGCACACUGUAUCUCUCUCUCUCUCUCUCUCUCUCUCCUUCUCUUUCUAUCAGUAUCUCCAACGUCUGCGUUGUCAUUGUGGGGAGAAAUUCCCGUUCAGGUUUUGUGUAAACAUACGCUUGUUCAAAGUUAUGGAUAAUUCGAUUAGUGAUGAAAAUAUAAAUACAGUGGCAGCGGCUGCGGUUGUUGCUGCUAGUACAGCUACAGGGGCUGUCGGCACACCAACCAUUACAAAAAGUAAUGAUGGAUCACAUUCGAGCUGCGAUGACGAUGGCCAAACAAUUACCCACAUGGAUGACAAUCGCAAAACCAAGUGUGACAAAGCAUUUUCGGCCACUGGCAUCGUCGUCAACACCACUACCGCCACCGAUGAGCUUUGCACAAAAGACUAUGCGCUUCGGCGCAAUGAUGGCAGCUACAAACGUACUAUCACCUCCAAAUGCAUAUCACGUGCAAGAGAUUUAGUGCAUAAAUGCCAAUCGGAUCCGGGCGGAUCACGAGUUUUACCAGCGUUAAAUGUUGUCGCAAACCGAUCGUCACAAACUCGAUCUUCGUUUCGACAUCAAUCACCCAGUUGCUCAUCAACGUCACCAUCAAGCACAGCGAUAACGACACGUAAAUGUGUUCUUACACUGGAUGGAUACAACUACGUCAUAGUUGCCAGUUCACCGGACAGCAAAUCAAAGACAGAGAAUCUCACAGGUGCAACAAGCAGUGAACACGAAUUAAAAAGCCCAUUCGAUGAGAAGAGUGGCAACAGUGAACAAAGUCAAAUAUCAUCUCCAGCGCCACAGCAACCAUCAUCGCCCACAAUAAACGGAUUGAUAUCAAUUCGAAGGUCUUCGACGAAGAAAAGUGAUUAUUUUACAAAGCGGUAUUCGCAACCACAAUUAGAUACGGGUCUAGAAUUUAGCUAUCCAACAACAACGCCAGCAGCAGCAGCAACAAUUCCAACAGCAGCAGCACCUCAUCUACAAUCACAAAUUGCAAAUUCCUUACAACAGAUUCCAUUGGACGUCAAGUGUGGCUUGGAUAAAGCGGCAUCGGCGGCCGGAAACAAGCAUAAACCGUACUUGAAUCGACGAAAUCAACUCUAUCGCUUUAGCUGUGACAAUUGCCCAGACGAUUACCACUCAAGCAGUGGCGAUACAACGGUAGCGUUUGGUGAUAAAUGUAAAUUUGCCGCUGCCAAAGGAGAAACAUUCGCCUGGACUAAAAUGCAAAGCGAUUCGGUGUCAUCGUCGUCGUCUGUGCUGGCACAAAAUCGUUGCCUUACUGAACAUGAUGGUAGUGAACAAGCAGCUGUAGCUACGAAUCCAGUUGACUUAACUACCGAUAAUUUACCAGCCGUCGAUACACCUGAUGCCUUAUCACAGGCAUCAGCGAGGCUGCGUUGCAUACUCAAGCUUUUACAGCGUUGCUCUGGCGAUGUAUCGGCGGAAAUUCUGCAGAAGAAUCUUCAUUAUGCGGCCCGUGUACUUGAAGCACUCUACAUAGACGAAACAAAACGUCUUGCCGACGAAGAUGAUGAGCUAUCAGAAGUGCAACCGGAUGCCGUACCACCCGAGGUUCGGGAAUGGUUGGCAUCCACAUUCACACGACAACUAGUCACAACACGAAAGCGCACCGAGGAAAAGCCCAAAUUUCGUACGGUCGCACAUGCAAUACGUGCUGGUAUAUUUGUUGAUCGAAUCUAUCGACGGGUGUCCAGCACAGCGAUGUUACAGUUCCCAACUGAAGUGGUGAAAGUUUUGAAGACAUUAGACGAUUGGUCAUUCGAUCAAUUCGCCUUGGCAACGGCGACAAAUGGCCAACCAAUCAAAUAUUUAGGCUACGAUCUAUUGAAUCGCUAUGGAAUUAUACACAAAUUCAAAGUGUCGCCGACGGUGUUAGAGCAAUUUUUAGUGAAAAUUGAAGAGGGCUAUUGUCGCUAUCAAAAUCCCUAUCACAAUAAUUUGCAUGCGGCCGAUGUGGCCCAAACGAUACAUUACAUGCUGUGCCAAACGGGUGUGAUGCACUAUUUGACCGAUUUGGAGAUAUUUGCCAUAUUGAUAGCCGCACUGAUUCAUGACUACGAACACACUGGCACAACAAAUAGCUUUCACAUAAACACCGGCUCCGACAUGGCAAUGCUGUACAAUGAUCGUGCUGUGCUGGAAAAUCAUCAUGCCAGCGCCGCAUUCCGUAUGCUCAAAGAGGAUGAAUACAAUAUUUUCAGUAACUUAUCGCGUGAAGAAUACAAAGAGAUUCGUAAUUUGGUCAUCGAUAUGGUCAUUUCGACCGAUAUGUCAUUUCACAAUCAACAAUUGAAAAAUAUGAAAUCGCUCAUUGCGAUUGCCUCGUCCGAUACGCACUACAAUAAAACCAAUGUUGACUUGAAAUUCAAAGCUCUGUCAUUUAUAUUGCAUUGUUGUGAUAUUUCGCAUCCGGCGAAAAAGUGGGAGAUCCACCAUCGAUGGACAAUGCUGUUAAUUGAAGAGUUCUUUCGACAAGGCGAUUUGGAGCGUGAACUUGGGCUGGACAUUAGUCCGUUGUGCGAUCGCAACAGUACCGUUAUACCGAAAUCACAAAUCGUUUUCAUUGAAGUUAUCGUUGAACCAAGUUUGGCGGUUUGUGCUGAUUUGCUUGAGCUCAUUUUAACGCCAAUCGCAUCGCAAUCGGGAAGCAAAACGGACAACACCAUUGCCGAAGAAUCGCAAAAAUCUAGCAGCCCGGCAACAUCAACUGAUACCCAAAAUCCAUCGCAACCGCAAAGAAUUUUCAUCAAAAAACCCUGGAUUGCCUGCAUGAAAGAGAAUAAACGCAUCUGGAAGGAACAAGAAGCAGCAGAGCCAUCAAGUCAGCCUUCACUAUCGACUGAGGAACAGAACGAUCCAGAUGCCAAUUUAGAAAGGCCUUCAUCAUCUUAGAUUUCAACUUAAAACAACAACAACAACUUUAUUCAACUUUUAUAUGUUAUUUUUACAUCUAUUCUAGGAAUUACUGAAAAUUUGUUGAAAAAAAAAGAACCGAAAACUUUUCACAAAUUAAAAGGGAAAAUAAAACUUGUUUGUGCUUUCAAUUUACACACUGUCACUUAAGCUUAGGGAAAGCAGAAAUAGAAAUCCCACAAUCAACGCAACUAUGCAUCCAUUGAACGUUUUUGUUUUGGAAUAGUAAAUUUGCGAAUUGAAGCACAUAUUCACUCAAACACACACAAAACAACACAUAUUUUAAAUAACAAAAUACUCUCCCUUACCUAUCUCUCUUUUUGAAACGGAAGUAACGGCAUAACAUAUGUUCCAUUUUUUUUUAUUCAGACGGCAAUUGAUUUUGCAAAGAAGAAGAUUGAAAAAGAAGUGGACAAUUUACACAUCCUUGCAUAUUGUAUAUCCUAAGAACUUAAUUUUUAAUUGAAAAAUUGCCCUUAGAUUUCAUAUCAUUCCAAAAAAAAAACAAAAUCUCUUGAAUAAGUAUCUAAAACACAUUCGAACCAGCGAAUUUAUUAUAAAAAUAUCCAUAUGUUCUAUUUUCAAAAUAAAAUCACAGUGUUAAGAAGAGA